AUGUCCCCGACCGUCGUGCGCCUCAAUGUCGACGGUACCUCUGACGGUAGGGGGGAUAUAUAUCUGAGCGCCGUCAUCCAGAAACGGUUCAGAAAGCUUUACGACGAUCUGCGGCACAAGGAACGCUUUCUCACCCGACAACAAUUUGAACGAUUCCUCAUUGGCGAUCAGGGCGAGGCCGCGCCAGAGCUGAAAAGAGAAGCAUACACGUAUGAACAAUUUCUAGAGGAAUGGUGGUUCCACUACGGGCUCAACGCAAAUAGGCCCGUCGACAUGGCAAAGAAGGACUUGUCCAAGCCCAUCAGCAAUUACUUUAUCAGCAGCAGUCACAAUACGUACUUGACCGGCGACCAACUAAAGUCCAAGAGCAGUGUGGAAAUCUACAAAAAGGUUCUACGACGCGGGUGUCGAUGUGUCGAGAUAGACGUCUGGAAUGGCGAUUCCCCUAGUUCAAGCCCCGACCGCAACCUCAAGACACCGUCAAGGCCAGAACACGCCCGUGGUCUCUCGGGAAGCAGCCUGCACAGCGCCGCCGCAACGUUUGUCGAUGUUGUGGAGGAGAAGAUUGAGCACGCAAAGCAAUUCAUCAACGGCGGAGAGAAAACUCCGCCCCGAAGUAGAGGCUCUUUCCGUCGGAGAGUCGCAACACACCCUUUUGGUCGUGAGAGCGCUGCGACUUUGGACCCCUCGACGCUCUUGGAGAGGGAAGAGGAGAAUGAGGAGCGGGCAAGGUCGAGACAAACGUUUCGAAGACACGAACCCAUCGUCAUGCAUGGGUAUACACUCACAUCCCCGGUUGGCUUUCGGGAGGUCUGCCGCGCCGUGCGUGAGAGCGCGUUCCAGACCAGCAAUCUACCAAUCAUCAUCAGUCUGGAGGUUCACUGCGACUUUGAGCAACAAGAGCUCAUGGUUCAGAUCAUGAAGGAGGAAUGGGCAGGCUUACUAGUAGAGAAGCCCCACGAUGGCUGUCCCAAGGAGAGACAGCCGCGCCUGGAGGAGCUGCUCAACAAGAUCUUGAUCAAGGUCAAGAAAGCUUCAACGCCGGAAUCAGGAACCGGCUCAAUUCUUGCGCCGCAAACGACCUGGGAAGACGAAGCUGGCAGUUCCGAUGACGAGAGGUCUGUGAAGAAGGUCAAGACUCUCAUUGGCGAGCCUCUCAGCGCACUGGCAGUCUACACUCACAGCGAGCAUUUCAAGGCCUUUGAAACUCACGCUGCCAAGAUCCCUUCUCACAUCUUCUCCAUUAGCGAGACCAGGAUUCUGGAUCUCCAUACGACCAAGAAGAAGGAAAUGUUCCAACACAAUCGCAAUUACUUUAUGCGAGCAUUUCCCAAGGGAAUGCGCUAUGAUUCCUCCAACAUGGAUCCCUCAUUAUUCUGGCGAAAAGGUGUCCAGAUGGUUGCCAUGAAUUGGCAAUCGUUGGACGAGGGCAUGAUGCUCAAUGAAGGCAUGUUUGCUGGAGAGCACGGAUGGGUAUUGAAGCCUCCGGGCUUCCGCAGCGAGGACGCAAGUAAGACGAUCUCAUAUGAUGAUGUUCCUCAUCAUAACCUGGACUUGCGAAUCCGCGUCCUCGCUGGUCAGUACAUACCCCUGCCUGCAGAGGGUGCGAGCAGCGGCGGCAACACGAGGGCAUUCCGCCCCUUUGUCAAGUGUGAAUUGCACAUUGAAAAACAAGACGAGCGUCCCGAGGCCAAUGGCCUCACACGUGUCAUCACGAGGAAACAACAGACGUCUUCGGGAAAGACUGAUCACCCAGACUUUGGAAACCAUCAGAACAUGUUUGAGUUCAUCAAGGUUCCGAAUGUGGUUGAUCAGCUGAGUUUCGUCAGAUUCAAGGUCGAGGAUGCCGCGUCAGGCCUGAUAAGCAGUCCAUGUGCCGCUUGGGCAUGCAUACGUCUCGACCGCCUCCAGACGGGAUAUCGCUUUAUACACCUCAUGAGCCCAAAGGGCAAUGAGACCAGUGGCGUCCUCCUCGUCCAUAUUAUGAAGAAGUUGCGGUGA